UGCCCAAUCGUGCCAUCCGCUUUGUGAAAUUUCUAAUAUAUUUAACAAAUUCAUUCCUGCACAACGUGAUACCAAAUUAAUAAAUAUAUAAUAAAUUUUGAAACGUCCGAUAUUGCAUUUCGUGUAUAUGAUUAUAAAUUAUUAGAAGAUAAUGAUUACUGAUGCUAGUAAUGCUAACUGAUGUUGCAGCGAGUUCUCCAACUAUUAUGUGUAAAGUUUACGCACAGAGAACGCAUGAAACAAAAUAUAAACAUUGUAUUCUAAUAAAGUUAAUGUGAUUGAAAUAUUCUCGUUUUUAUUGGUUUGAAUAUGCUUCUGAUUUCAUCUAUUUCGACAUAUUACUUCGGUGUACUUAAAUAGAGUUUGGCUCAAAUGAAACCCAGUUUUAAUUAUGCUGAAAUUUCAUCUCUUUACGAUAUACUUAAAGAACGAUUUAUUAAAUCGCAAGUGUAUGAAAGUUAUAACUCAAAACUGUCUGAGAAGAGUACUUGGAAUGUAAAAUUAUUCGCUAUGCCUGGUGGAAGACGUAACGCUGCUGGUAGAAAUGGACAGACCAAGUUUCAAACUGGUUUAUCAUCGUCUGCAAAUAUUGGUAUACGAAGCAAUAGUGGAGAAAGAACAGCUGGGAGCAGUGCUGAUGAUAAAAAGUCUGAGGAGCUCUGCGGAAUAAAGACGUUGGUUCCAAAACAUGUACCUAUACCAGCAGUACCAGUGGAAAGUCACUUAAUGUUUGAAGCUUUAUCCAUGGUUGUGUCAAUUAUUGCAGCUUUCUUACAAAUGGUUAAUUUAUACAGAACUGUUUGGUGGCUACCUCAUUCUUAUAAUAAUUAUAGUAUGAAUUUCUACUUAAUAGAUCCUUAUUUACUCAUAUUUAUUAUAACUAUGGUAGCAAGGCAAUUUAUUUACUCCCUGUUACGUAGAAUCAUUAACGUUUCAUCACCGAUUCGUUGGUUGUCAGCUGCUCAAAAAAUAAUGAGGAUCGGUCUGUUAACUAUUGUCAUGAACAUAUUAUGUUGGUGCAUCUAUCACAUGGCUGAAAGACACAACUCAAUGAAGAUUUUCUACUUGUGUUAUCCAAGUUUGUCUGUGUAUUUUGUGAUGUUUGGUGUAAGCGCAGCACCAUUCUUUGACAUAUCAACAUCUUCGUGUGGUAAAGACGAGAAGAAGACAAAACUCUUAAUUGACAAACCUUUGCACAAUUGCUCUUUGAACGCAUCUGCGAUUAGAGCAGAGGUUUCAACACUAAGGUCCGAUUUCAAUCGCCGUUUGAAACGAGCUUUGUUCGCAUCGUCCAGCAGCGCAUAUGUUUGCGGCAUUGCACCCAUCAUAUUCGUACCUCAACACUUGUACUUCAAUGUUUCAUGGGUCGUACAACACGUUAUCAUGUUUUGGCUUGCAAGAAUAAGUGCCCACUUCUCACAUGCUUAUCCUGUCAAGUACUGCGAUGUUUUACACAGAGCAGCGUUACAUCUCGGAGAAUGGGUCAAAAUUGAAAAUCGUAACAGUCACAUGUAUGCUCAAGCUUGGAACGAAUCGGUACUGUGGCCUGAUGGUUCAGUCGUCAGACAUAACAGGGAAAUUUAUCGUUCAGAGGGUUUAUGUACUGCAGCGGAGCCAGGAAAUUCAAACCAUUACAGGUUUUAUAUUCUAUUCAGAAACCCUGCGUUGUUUUUCUCUUAUUUAUUGGGCCUGCAGCUUCUUCUCAUCUGUGUGCAAUUAUUUAUUUUAUUACGUACAAACGACUGGUAUCAAGUAUUAUCAAUAACAUGGCUCCUUGUGAUCAAUUACUACACAUUAUUUAAAGUUACCAGGGACUUCCUUAUUUGUUGGAAAGUGUACCACGCCGAGCAAAUAAUACAUCUGAAAUCUCAAAUCAAUGCCAAUUCUGCUGUUCAAUAAAGAAACAUUUAAGCUUA